AUUCAGAACUUUGGUUGUAGAUUACGAAUCACCAUCUCUUUCUAAGCAAGAUCAGAGAACUGCUAAUUGCUAAUAUCAUAUCAAGAUGUCUACACCUAUGGAGUAUUAUAAUUCUUUGCCACCUGUGGCAAAGACCUAUGCAGUCAUCUGCUUCUUGACCACUGCUGCAUUUGAACUACAACUCUACAAUCUGGGGAACAUCUCACUAUUUUAUUCUGAUGUUUUCAGAAGGUUUCAGGUGUGGAGACUUGUGACAAAUUUCUUCUUUAUAGGACCGUUUUCGUUUACAUUUGCAUUUCGUCUCCUAAUCAUAUUGAGGUAUGGGGUUCAAUUGGAGAGGGGGCCUUUUGACAGGAGGACAGCCGACUAUGUAUGGAUGUUUUUAUCUGGAGCAAUUGGCUUGUUGGUGAUGGCCAUAUUUCCCUUUUUGUGGUCACCAUUCAUGGGGGCAUCCUUGGUAUUCAUGAUCGUAUAUAUUUGGGGCCGAGAAUUUCCAGAUGCGCGUAUUAAUGUAUACGGUCUUGUGGAAUUUAAGGGAUUCUAUCUUCCAUGGUACAUGCUUGGGAUAGAUAUGAUCUUGGGCAAUCCUCUAAAACCAGACAUGUUGGGAAUAGCUGCCGGCCAUAUAUAUUACUUUCUCACGGUCCUUCAUCCUCUCGCAAAAAACUACUUCAAGACUCCUCGUUGGGUUCACAAACUGGUAGCAUAUUGGGGUAAAGGCUUCCAAGUGAACAGUCCAUUUCGAAGCGAUCCCUCGGCCGGAAUUGCUUUCCGGGGAAGGGGCCGCCGUCUUAACGGAAGCAGAAGUUCUUGGUGGUCGUCGUUGAGGAACCAAACGACAAACACUUCAGAACAAACCGAGGAAACAUCAACCUAUUCAAAUUCAAAUGUAGCUUUUCGUGGCAGAAGUUAUCGCUUAGGCGGCCGAUAAUAGCUUCUACAAUAAUGCUUCUUUAAUUUCUCCAA